AUGGCAGAUGUUGCGAACCGCGCCGUCUUCUUCACCGGCACCAUCACAGCCUCCUCAGACCCGCCAGACGCAACCUGGAGCGGCGUCACUUUUGAUCCAUCCAGCAGCCCGCUUCCAGCGAGUCAAAUUGCCCUUUCGCCGUUGUCAGUCAAUCGCUUCGCCCAGAUUAGUGGAAUAACCAGUACCUCCUCUGCCAGCAAGACCGGAACGUCAACUAAGGCAUCGCGGACUACAGAAUCAAGUGAGGUUAACACUCCGACCAACUUCGAGCCUACAAUCGCGGCAUCGACGGCCGCCCACCAGCAAUCGCCAGCGCUAUACAUUUCACUGAUUGUCCUCUCGACCCUAAUCAUCGUCACGACUCUCGUUCUUGCCGGGCUCUACUGGAGGCGUCAUCGACGACGACAGCGCCGGCUCUGCGAUUCGGCAAAGGUUGUGUCUGCGGGUCGUCACGCGGAGAGCGUCAAGACAGUGCCGAGUGCAAGAGCUCCUCCUCAGAAAUCCUCUGGUCCGAGGAUCGACAAGGGGAAUGAUCCCUCCGUCACCAAUCGAAGCCGUGAAAUUUGGACUCCCAAGACAAUCGACGAGAUCGUAGCUGGGUCAGCGUCCAUGAACGACAUUGGUAGCUGCAGUCGCCAAUCGCCCGUCGGUCCCGGUCCGAGUCGAGAGAUUUUGCCUGGACGCUCUUCUUCGAGCAACCGUGCUGAUGCAAUACCGAUGACACCGCUGCUGUUCAAGACUCGGCGGACACCUUCGCGCAUUGAGGAGCAGUAA